AUGUUUAAACGAUUUCUAACCAUGUCUACAAAUGUAAUCAAAUCUGAAAAUCCAGGACCGAUUGAAUUAUCAAUAAUAGAAAAAGUAACAAAAGAAUUUCAACCUUCUUAUUUAAAAAUUGUAAACGAUUCACAUAAACAUGCACAUCAUGCUGGUAUUCGAGGUGCUUCAAAUAAAACAGAAUCACAUUUUAGAAUAGAAAUAGUGAGUGAUAAAUUUAAAGGUAUUACAAUGCCAAAUAGACAUAGACUAGUUUACAAUUUAUUGGAUGAUGAAAUAAAUAUACAUGGAGUCCAUGCAUUACAAAUGAAAACAAAAAGUGAAUAG